UACAGCUUUGACUUAUCUCCGGCAAUAAACAACCACCUCUAGUAUAAAUAGCCACCACUGAGGAUCAAGCAGCACAAGCAGCAACAGCAGCAGACGCCGAAGGAGCUGGUUGGAACGUGCUGCAAGAUGAGAGCCGUCACAGUGACCUUGGUCCUGCUGUUCCUCACAGGAACUCAGGCCCGCCACUUCUGGCAGCACGAGGAACCCGCACAGAGCCACGUGGAGCGCCUCAGAGACUACGCCCAAGUUUACCUGGAAACCAUCAAGACUGGUGCCCGUGAUGCUGUCAGCCAGAUUGAUACCUCCACCCUGGGCCAGCAGCUUGACCUGAAGCUAGCUGACCAUUUGGACAGUCUGAGUGCUGCAGCAGCUAAGGUCCACGAAGAGCUGGGCCCCGAACUGGAAGCACUCAAGGCCCAAGUACGGGCAGAGUUUGAGAAGGUGCGCCAGGAGCUGAACAAGGACCUGGAGAGUGUGAAGGCCAAGGUCCAGCCCUCUAUUGAUGACUUCAACAAAAAGGUCCAGCAGGAGAUGGAGGUCUACAGAGCCAAGUUGGAGCCCAUCAUCCAAGAGCUGCGGGAACUUGGCCGCCAGAACCUGGAGACGGUGCAGCAGAAGCUGACGCCAUUGGCUGAGGACACACGGGACAAGCUGCGGGCGCACAUGGAUGAGCUCCGCAAGAACCUGGCCCCCAACAUUGAUGAAUUGCGUCAGAAGAUGAGCGAGAGGCUGCAAGCCUGGCGCGAGAAGGCCGUCCCUGAGUUGACCCAGAUCCACGCUCAGGUCCAGCAGCACCUCACCGCUUUGCAGGGGAAAAUUACACCCAUGGUAGAAAAACUGAAAGAAGAAGUGGUUCCCUUUCUGGAAAAAGUCAAGACCCGCUUCGUGACCCUGCUGGAGUCUGCAGAAAAGGCCUUGGAGCAGGAGCAGCAGCAGGCCUAGAGGGAAGCCCCCUGCCCCUCCUUCCAGGAUCACAGGGACCCCUGCCUGGACCUUCGGCCUCCCUCUCCACUGAAUAAGCACUGUCUCUCCACCUGAAUAUUUAUCGUUGACCUUUCCCAGCCCGCCUCUUUGGACAUGUGAACCCUGGGUGGGUUAGGGGGGUGGAGAGGGAAAGGGGUGGUUGUACCUCCUCCCCCCGUAAGGGUUAGAAACUGGAGUGGAAGGCCUAGCUCCCCCUCCCCCUCCCCAAAACUGCUCAGGCCAGUGCCUGUCUCUUUCUCUUUUUUUGUCAAAUAAAUAAAAGGCACCUUCAGA